GCUCUGUUUUUUAGGGUUAUGAUGCUGGGAGCUGCCCAGCGAUGGCGAUGGCGUCUCCCGGCGUGGAAUCUGGGAAGCAGGAGCUUGUAUUCCACGCUCAUGGACAAGCAUGCGCCCAUUCCCGACGAUAUUUUGCGAAUUUUGGAGAAGAGAAUGAUCUCUAUUGAAGACCGCCAUGCCUGCCUUUCCAAAGCGCUUCUAGAGCCUGGGAUUGCGUCAGACGAGCUCAUCAAGAUGAACAAGGAGCUUCGCAAGCUGGAUUACUCCGUGGAUAUGAUCAAGGCGCUGAGAGCCAAAGAAAAGGAAGUAAUUGGCUUGAAAGAAUUGGUAAAAGAGUCCGUUGAAGACGAAGAAAUGCGUAGGCUGGCCUCUGGAGAACUUCAAACGGCCACCAGAGAAGUGAGAGAUGCUCAGCACGAUGUUCUCCUGGAGCUUAUUCCUAAGGAUGAAGCUGAUAGCAGAGGUUAUAUUCUCGAAGUCAGAGCAGGAGCUGGAGGUGACGAAGCGUCAAUUUUUGCGUCUGAUCUCUUCAAGAUGUAUGAGAAAUACACUGCAAACAACUCAUGGAGGUUUGAAGUUCUGAGCAUUACUACCACCGACACCCGAGGUUACAAGGAGGCUAGUGCUGUAAUAUCUGGAGAUGGUGUUUAUGGAGCUCUGAAGUUCGAAAGUGGCGUUCAUCGCGUCCAGCGUGUUCCUGUCACUGAGAAGGCUGGGCGUAUACACACAAGUACUGCGUCAGUCGCUAUUCUUCCCGAAGCGAAUGAGGUUGAUGUCGAGAUCCGUAAUGACGAGAUAAAGAUAGACACUUACCGAGCUGGUGGAGCCGGUGGACAGCAUGUAAAUACUACCUGCAGCGCAGUCCGAGUUACUCACGCUCCAACAGGUAUCGUGGUCGCAAUCCAAGACGAACGCUCUCAACACAAGAACAAAGCAAAAGCUUUGAGUAUUUUAUAUGCUAGGCUGUACGAGCUCGAGCGGUCCCGAGCAGCGGCAAGUCGGUCUGAAUUACGACAAGAUCAGAUCGGCUCAAGCGACAGAUCGGAGCGCAUAAGAACGUAUAACUUUCCCCAAGGUCGGGUAACUGAUCAUCAAGUGGGAGUGACGCAACACGCGAUUGAGCAAAUUAUGGAGGGGAUUGGUCUGGAAAUUUUUGUGAAUGUGCUCAAGAUGCAGCACGAAGCGAGCGCUUUGGCGUCGCUCAAAUCUGCAGCAGCUUGACUACCCAUAAGUUUCACUGUUUUUUUUUCUUCCUAUGUUUUUUUUACCGUGUCAGAUGUUGACAAUUGGAAGCAUUUGUUUGAACGUCAGGACCGUCAUCGGAUCAAUGUGCGUGGACGGCACGAAGCUGAUCAUGUAGGCCUCUUUCGUACGACGAUGUGAGCUAAAAAAUGGAGUGGGGGAAGUCAGAGGUGCCAGGCCACCUACUUAAACGUUUCUCCUGAAAGAAUCAACAUCUUGGUCAGUAGCAGAGGAGGAUGGUUCAUGAAAUGACGGCUGCCGAUGGGACGCUACGGGUGGUUUCUUUUCCUUGGUGCAUUAAGUUCCGGAGCGUUUGCAAGAAUCUCUUGAAGCGGAUGAAACUCAUCGGUAGAAGGUCGUCAACUCGUGGGGUGCUGGUGAAGAGGAGCAGCAACAAGCACAGGAUCAGUUGGACAGCGAGCUUUGCAUACAGGCAGCAGCAGAAGCAAAAGCUCAAGAAGUCGGGAAGCAGUUUAUGGUCGUUUAGUGGCUACAGCAAACUCAAGAACAGUGAUAGCUGCACGGAAGCUUUAGAUGGCCAGGAAGUCAUCCACCGCAACUUAGAGGACUCUCAGGCUUCGUCCAGCAGCUUCUCGUUCAAGAAUGAUGCGGAGGACCUUGGGCAUGGCAAAGGCAAGAAGAUUUUGUCACCGCAUCCUGGCGUGCAGCGCAGUGAGGCUAUGAAGCUCAAAUCGAGGUGGGACGAAGUGGUGGAGAUGGUUGUAGCGGACAGCUUUGAUGAUUUGGUGGACUUGGAGGAAUUUCUGGGCUACUAUAUGCUGAGAAAAAAGUACCAGUCACUGAAAGUUUCACCUCAGGAAUCCACCUCUUUUGGUUUAAGCUUAAUUUCGCCACAACCAGCUUGCUCUUGCUGCUCCGCCCAGCACGAGUUUGUGCUAGCCCGCACGACAAAAACAAAAUAGAUUUUGCCCUUGUUGUAAACUCUGUAUGGAUCAGCAGGAAAUCUGAUCCAGACGAUAAUCUUGUUGUGGGCUAGUGACAUGGUCUAAAGUC